UCACAGUCAGAACAAAAUCUCGUGAUUCCAUCAGUCUCUCUCCUUGAGAGACCCAUUUGGGUUUCCACUGUGAGAGGGGAAAAUAACCCGAAAAAAGAAAGAGAGAGAUGAUACUUCGGAGCGCGUCGUCGCCGGCGCUUAAGCCACGCGCCGCCGCCCAAAAUCCGUUGGCGCCACGGGUUUCCGUACUUCCUGCGGGCGUCAAAAUGAUUCCCAGAGCUUCAUCGGAGAGGAAUCUGAAGAAGGCCGGAGGAAUCACGAAAUCGGCGUCUUCUAGGGUUCUAGAGGGAUCCGGUUUCGGUGGAGGAAGGAAAUCGUCGAUCGGCGGAGACGGAGGCAGAGGCGGCGAAGAGAGCAUGGAACGGUAUUACGAAGAGAUGAUCAGACGAUUCCCGGGCGAUUCUCUUCUUCUGGCAAAUUAUGCCCGAUUCUUCAAAGAGGUGAAAGGAGAUGAGGUUAAAGCAGAGAAGUACUGCGAGAGAGCGAUACUGACGUCCAAGAACGAGAGAGACGGAGGAUUGCUGUCGAUGUAUGGAGAUUUGAUUUGGAAGAAUCAUGGAGACUCUGUUCGUGCUGAAUCUUACUUCGACCAAGCUGUUCAGUCUUCCCCUAGUGACUGUUAUGUUCUUGCGUCGUAUGCUCGGUUUCUAUGGGAUGCGGACGAAGAAGACGAUGAAGGAGAAGGAGAAGUAAAUAAAUAUCAAACCAAUCUCUCUAACCCUUAUUCUGAAAUAGUUGCUUCAUAAAUCUUGUACCGAUCCUAAACCGGUUUUCAGUUUAAAUGAUAACAGUUACUUGGGUUUGAUUUCA